UUGACAAUCAACAAAUUACACAAAUGGUAAAAUGAAAUCAACAUUAGCACGUUUUAAUUGCAUGAUUGUAAUAUAUCAUCAAGUGUUCCUUAUUUUAUAAUAUACAUUUAAAAUUGAAUUGUACUCAGAGUUUACUUUAAACACUUAUUUAAAUAUAAAUACAAUAUAAGAGAAAAUAAUACUAAGAAGUUGAUAACCUAAAAUAGAUAGAUAUUCUUACAAUGAACUCCCAUUCGAUUUCCGAAGAACCUCUAAAAAAAAGGAGACGUAAAGAAAUUAAAGAAGAUAAACACAAUACAAACAAUAUAAAUUCCAAUGGACAUGAGAAGAAUUUGAUAAGUCGAAGAAAACAUAUUCCUAAAUUUAGAUUAAAAAUGAAUGGAAAUGCUGCUGCUUUAUCAACAGUAGAAAAUGAGAGAGUACCUCUUGUUUUAACAGAUAUACAACAUUUACUUCUACAUUCUUUGUUGGGAAAUCUCAAUUUAUCACAACCACCCAGAUGGUAUGUCAUAGAUAAAUGUAAUCAUGUAAGUCAAACUACUUGCUUAAUUUUUGAAGGAAUUUCUAUUAAGCACUGGGAACAACACAAAGAAAAGAUGAUAAAUAUUAAUAAAAUAUGUGAAGAUUUCGUGGAAAUAUUAACACCAUCAGUUUAUAAAGGUUCUUUGGUAAAAGAACUUGCAUUGGUACCACUAUCUGAAACAGAAAAAGAGGCAAUCAUUCAAAAAUAUGGAAGUAUGAAUUUAGCACUUGAUAUCAGGAAAGACCUUAUGGUUAUGAUGAAGGCGGUGUUCCCAAUCAAUGAUUCAUUUAGUGAAAUUAAUUAUAAAGAGUCUAAAGAUCAAUUUCCUAGAACACAACUAAUUUUAUCAACAUGGCAACUCAUAGAAGAAAAUUAUCCAGUACCUCUAAAGGGAAAACUAAAAAAUAUUUAUUCAGACUAUGUGCUAUCUAAAGAUGAAUAUAAAUCUGUAACACCAGACUCACCCAUGUUCGGUCUAGAUUGUGAAAUGUGUAUAACAAAUGUGGGCUCUGAACUGACUCGAGUCUCUGUUGUUAAUGAAAAACAUGAAGUUGUAUAUGAGUCGUUAGUGAAACCUUACAAUAAUAUAACAGAUUAUUUGACUAGGUAUUCAGGUAUUACCAAAUCAAAAUUAGAAAAUGUCACUAAAAGAUUAGAAGAUGUUCAAAAGGAUUUACAAGAGUUACUACCUCCUGAUGCCAUUUUAGUUGGCCAAUCACUUAAUCUUGAUUUACAUGCUUUAAAAAUGAUGCAUCCCUAUGUCAUUGAUACAAGUCUUAUAUAUAACUUUACUGGAGAGAGAACACGAAAACCAAAAUUAAAAACUCUAGCUAAAGAGUUUUUAAAUGAAGACAUUCAAUCUAAUAAAAAUGGCCAUUGUUCCGUUGAAGAUUCUUUAGCUUCACUUAAACUAGUUCAGUUAAAGCUAAGUAAAAAUAUAGAAUUUGGUGAUGCAGUGCAUACUAAUAGACAGACAUAUAAAGAAAAUGUUAUUAAAAUGACAACUAAACCUGAAUAUGCUUUAUCAAUAUUCAAUCACAUUAUUGAGCAAAGAAAAACAUCAUUAGUGGUAGGUUGUGACAAUAUUACUGGAGACUAUCAUACCUACUUAACUCAAGCAAAAGACAGUCUAAGUGCUCAAUUUAAAAAGGGCAAACCAAAGAAGGUAAAGUUAAAUACAGUUGACACAGUUGAAGAUGUUAUAUCAACUGUCAGUGAAGCUGUAAAUGAUUAUAAUUUUGUUAUGGCUCAUUUAAAAAUAGAUCAUGAUGCUGAAUUUAAUGAUAUGUCUAAUAUUGAUAAAUGGGUUGAAACUAUUUGGAAUAGUCUUAAACAGUCUGCGCUGUUUGUUAUUGUAUUUGGUGGUACUGCUACUGACAAUGGAGUAGCAAUGGUUAAAGUUAAAAAUAAGCAAUCAUAGUGAAUAAAAAUGUUAUUUUAGUUUUA